CACUGGACCACCAGGGAAGCCCCUAGCCACUUUGGUUCUUGAUGGGACAUUUCAAAAGCUUACUCUGUCCAAUUUAAAUGGCUUCACAGAAUGGCUGGAAGACUUGACAGGUUCUCUCUUUGGGGCUGGGCCCGUCUUCCCUAACUUUAAGAAAACUCUAUCCAUGAAUAAUACCUAAACAAGAUAGGAUCCUAUUAGCAAGAAAGGAAAAGAAACAGCUCCUCUGUCUCGGGGGUAACCAGCCUCUAGAAUGGCUCCCAAUGACCCCUGUUGCCUGGUAUUCCCUCUGAUGUAGCCCCUUUCCCAUAUGAAAUAAGGCCGACCUGGGUCAUUGAUAGGAUGUUGUGGGAAUUGACAGAGUGUGACUUUCAAGGCUAUUAAUAAAAGACCCUGUGGCUUCUGUCUUGCUCUGUCUCUCUGGAGAAAGCCCACUGCCAUGUCACGAGGACACUCAGCCAACCCCACGGAAAGGUCCUUCCAUCCGUGUACUGAGGAACGCAGGCCUCCUGCCAGCUUCAGUUUUCUUGUUUCCUCAUCCGUGAAAUGGGUACAACCAUCAUUAUCUUGACACCUUUAGAAGGUAACUGAAAGAAAAUUACUUUCCAAAAGGUAAAGCAAAGCCCUACAUAAAGACCCUAUUUCCCCUCUUCCUCAUAUUCCACCUGUCAUUGCUAUUCCUGGGAUAUACCAAGUAUCCGCCUGCCUGGAGUGUUUUUGGGUUGUGUGUUUGUCACAGCACAAGGCUUCAGGAUCUUAGUUCCCCAAGCAGGGAUUGAACCCUGGGCCCCUACAGAGAAAGUGCUGACUUCUAACCACUGCACCUCCAGGGAAUUCACCCGCCUGGAGCGUUUGCCCUGGCUGUUCCUUCUGCCAGGGUGCCCUUCCAGCAGACAUCUUCGGGGCUUGCUUCCUCACUUCUCUCAGGUCCCUGCUCAAAUAUCACCAUAUCAGUGAAGUCUUUCCCAGCCACCUUACAGAAAAUCCCCCAGGCCCAACCCAUCUCCUGUAGCCCUUCUGUUUUCUCCCUGGUAUGUAUCACCAUCUGACUCACUACAGACUCAUUUGUUUAUCUAUCAUCCAUCACCCACCAUCAUGUAAGCAGCCUCCGUGAGGACGGGGGCUACAUGAAAAGUGAAAGUGUGAGUGGCUCAGUCUGACUCUUUGAGACCCCACGGACUAUAGCCUGCCAGGCUCCUCAGUCUCCAGACAAGAAUACUGGUAUGGGUAGCCGUUCCCUUCUCUAGGGGAUCUUCCUGACCCAGGGACCGAACCCGGGUCUCCCGCAUUGCAGGCAGAUUCUUUACUGUUUGAGCCACAAGGGAAGCCCCUACAGCUACAUCCUCACGCACUAUAAUAGCGCACGGCACACAGUAGGUCUGCAGGAAAUAUUUGUUGAAUGCAUGCAUCCCUGUGGCCAUGGAGGAGGACCUAUGACUGACCGCCUGCUCUGGAGGGAUCAUGUGGGUAGAGUAGGGGAUGGAGCCGGUUCUCCAGAGAAGGCGGGGAUCAUGGCACACAGCCAGAGCUGCUGGGAGAAUCAAGGAAGCUGGGACCCCUCAGUCCUGACAGUUGGAGACUUCUCACAUCCACGAAUCCUCUCUUCCUCACAACGCCCCAGAGAGGGAGGUAUUAUUAUUCCCAUUUUACAGUUGAGGCAAACAAAGGCACAGAGAAGACAGAUAGUAUGUGAAGGUCACAGGGGGAUUCAGGAAAGAGUCCAAGGCCAGACUCUUGGCUCUGAACUCUAUGGCUGCGUCUAUUUCACCCCUAAACGGCAGUGCUCACUGAACUCUGAGGGGCAUGGCGCCCGCUGGCCCUGCUCCCCUCCUCCCGUUUCCCAAAACCCUCCACCGGGGUUGACCAAGUGAGUGAUAAGCCAGUCCCAGCCUCUUCUUGGGCCCCAGGGCAGCCGAUGCUGGGAAGGGUUAACAAGGAGUGUUUGUAGCAGCCGCUGGUCUCCAAGGAGAGGAAAGCAAAGUGGAGAGGCCGACAGACAGCCAGACUCCGGGCCAGCUGGUGGGGGGUGGGAGGCAGCUAGUGUGGCCUGUCCGGCCCUGCGGGGGGAGAGAGGAGUGUCUUCCCCUCCAUCUGUCCUGGGAGCCGGCGACCUCUGAGCAGACUGGGCAGCUGGGGCGUGAGGCCUCUGCAGGGCUAGCAAGUAGGAAAGUUCUGGCAGGGACUGAAGAAUGUGGGGGGUGGGGGCCCGGCCUGGCCCAGCCCACUGCCGAUGGUGGCGGUGGCCAAAGGCAGAGGCGAGUAGCAGAGCCAUCCCAGACUCUCAGAGGGUAGAAGGGGACCUCUGAGUCAGGGGGAAGCUGCCGAGACCCCACAGGUGGCAGGAGUGAAGACGCAGCUGCGGCAGAGUGGAGGUGCCCGGCCCAGACAUGCCCCAGCCCCGGGCCGGCAGGAGGAGACCUGGGACCCCGGGGCCUCGGGUGAGCAGCAUCCAGCCCUUUAAGUCCAGCGAGCAGUACCUAGAAGCCAUGAAGGAGGACCUGGCCGAGUGGCUUCGGGAUCUCUACGGAGUGGACAUCAGCGCAGCCAACUUCCUGCAGGUGCUGGAGACAGGCCUGGUGCUGUGCCAGCAUGCCAACGCCAUCACUGAGGCCGCCCUGGCCUUCCUGGCUGAGACACCUGACCAAGCCCAGAGGCUUCCUCUACCCCGGGCCGGGGUUUCCUAUAACGAGGCUGCCCAGCCUCGCACUUUCCAGGCCCGGGACAACAUCUCCAACUUCAUCCAUUGGUGUCGCAAGGAGAUGGGCAUCCAAGAGGUGCUGAUGUUCGAAACGGAGGAUCUGGUGUUGCGCAAGAACGUGAAGAACGUGGUGCUGUGCCUGCUGGAGCUGGGCCGCCGGGCCUGGCGCUUCGGCGUCGCGGCGCCCACCCUGGUGCGGCUGGAGGAGGAGAUCGAGGAGGAGCUGCGGCUGGAGCGGGCCCUGCCCCCGCCCGACCCCCCGCCGCCUGCGCCCCCCGCGCGCCGGCCCUGCCACUCCCGCGACCUGGACCAGCUGGUUCAGAGCCUGGUGAGCCACUGUACCUGCCCGAUUCAGUUCUCCAUGGUCAAGGUGUCGGAGGGGAAGUACCGCGUGGGAGAUUCCAACACCCUUAUCUUCAUCCGGAUCCUCCGGAACCACGUGAUGGUGCGUGUUGGGGGCGGCUGGGACACACUCGGUCACUAUCUGGACAAACAUGACCCCUGCCGGUGCACGUCCCUCUCACACAAGACAGGCAGCUUCCUGCAGCCCCCUGCCCACCCUGUGCAGCAUGAAGUGAAGGUGCAGGACAGGCCCUCGCAGCCCCAGCCUACGAUGACCAUCAGCCGCUCCCAGAGCCCAUUGCCCCCCGUGGACUGGAAGACAUAUACCUCUUCAGGUCGAAAGCUGAGGCCCCCUGCUGUCUCCUCCCCCAGACCCCAGCAUGAACAGAGAGCCGGGCCAGGGGUCCACAGAGAAACAACACCAUUGCUGAGGUGCCAGGAGAAGUCUCUCGCCGCAUCUCGGAGGCAGCUGCCAGCUGGGGACAACCUGCCCAGGCCCCAGUCCUCACCCACUCUCAGGGGCCAAGACCCACAGUGUACCUCCUUGGGGAAGAGGGAGGAGAGACACCCCCCUGAACCCCCCCGGGGGAGGACUCCCACAUCUUCGGUUCAUGAGAGGACAGACAGCCGGGGAACUCAUGCCAGGACCCCCACCUCCCAGAGAGUCCGAGCCCCCGAGGCCACCGCCAAAGGGACACCAGCAAGAGGACUGUCUCCCCUGCCUCGUUCUCCCAGCCCAGCCAAGCCCGUGGGCCCCAGGCAACCACCCUGGGGUGAGGUUGAGGGUGCUUCCUCGCAGCUCAGGGAGCCAGCACCUGUCUGCUCUCCAUCCCCUGUCAAAGGAUCCACCAAGAUCCCUGUCCAGUUGCCCCCAGCACGCCCCCCAACUCCGGGAAGAGGCUGUGCAGGAACUGUAAGUGGAGGUCCCAGCACAGAACUGAAGAGAGGCCCCCUUCCAUUAAGGGCCACCAGUGGAGACCUGUCUGAGUCCAGACAUGAGCACUGUUCUGUGGAAGAGGGGCAGAAGGACCUGAAGCUGGACAUCCAGGUGACAGCGGAGGCUGGAGGGCCUUGGGGCCUGGGCCCACAGCACCGGGAGGGGAGGUGCACCCCCUUGCCAUCGGGCAGAACCAAGGAACAAGGCAUCCAUCACGGCCUUGAGGAGGAGCUUUCAACCAACAUGAAGCUGCUAGGAAUGGCGGGUGCCCGCCCCCAGGGCACUAGGUCUGUAGUCAUUCCUCGCAGUGGGGUCUACGUGCCCAGUCUGGGUGGGUGGUGGCCUGACCCUGGGGGUCUUUAUGACAAAGUCAUCCAAGAGCUGAUUCAGGGCCCCCCACCCCUCCUUAAAGUGGACCUGGGAGCCUGGAAGGCAGCCCCUCCAGGCUCCCCUACACCAGCUGUAACUGCAGGCCCAGGAAGCCUCAAAGGGAAAUUGAGAGCCCAAGAGAGUGGGCUGAGGACAGUGGCAAACCCCAGUGCCAAGGGCAUCAGCACAAAGGCCCAAGGGGGACAGGACUGCUCAGCCCCUACAGUGUCUGCCAGCCCAGAGUCCCUCACACUUUCACCCUCUGACCCCAGUUCCGAGAGAGCCAAGGCAUGUCCAAGCAAGGGUAAGAGAACACUUCGGAAGCCCCAGAGAAUCCCAUCCAUCUACAAGCUGAAGCUGAGGCCCAGGAUUCGGCCCCGGAGAGAUCAUAGGCCUGAGAAGCGGCCAUCACGGAUCCCCAAGCCAUUGAACUGCCUGUGCCUGGGUCCAGUCAGGGCACCCCCCAAAGGCAGGCUGGUGAGAGCAGCACUGGGCAGUAAGGGAGGGGAGGCAACCCUGGUGGAUGGAGCCUCGGCAGGGGAGGAGGAGGACAGAGAGGAGAGGAGAGAGCCAGCCGCCCCACUGGAGAGCAGCUCCCCGCCUUCGGAGAGCCAGGGGCCCUGGCAGCUCGAUCCAGUCCCCCUCUCACCUGAGGAGGAGUCCUGGGUCUGAGAAGAUGCUUUUCCUCCCUGACCCCGAGGAGGGAAGUGAAAAGAUGCCCACGCACUCCCAACUGCAGGAACAAAAGGGAAGGUCCCUCCCCUCAAUACAGGCCCUUGGUCAGGAGAGGUUAGAAAGCAAAUAGAGACUCAAUCUGCUCAGUUGAGCAGAAAGGCAAUCCAUGAGUCUCGAUCCAACUCCAGGAUGUUGGGGCUACCCUCUCCCAAAACAGCUCCCCCAAUUCCUGCACCCUCUUCUCUGGCCAGGCCCACUUCCACAACUCUUAUGUUAUUAAACAUGAGAGGGUCUGCCCCUGAACCCCCAGGUCUUGAAUCCACUCUAUGACUGUGGUGAUGCAGAAAGGUGUAGCAGCAUUUUUCCCAUUGGGGGGUGGUGGGGGAGGUAGGAGGGAGCUAGGGGGUGAGAGACGCUUCGCCUUUGGAGGUUCAGCCAACCUUGCCAGACAGCCCUUCUUUCCCAGAGCAGUUGUUGCAUCAGCACCAUGGACAGGGACAAGGUUGCCCCAUACAGGCUCCCGUGGGGCUUGGCGCUAGUGGUCAAGAAUCCACCUGACAACGCAGGAGACUAAGGGACAUAGGGUUCAAUUCCUGGGUCUGGAAGAUCCCUUGGAGUAGGGAAUGGCAACCCAGUCCAGUAUCCUUGCCUGGAGAAUCCUAUGCACAGAAGAACCUAGUGGGCUACAGUCCACAGGGUCGCAGAGUCCAACACGACAGAAGCAACUUAGCACUUAGCAGGCGUGACUUCAAAACUCU